AUGGGCUACCCAGGUCAGGGCCACGGCCAGGGCCACCAGCAACCGCAGCGCGUCACUUGUCGCGUCCACCACGACGAGCGCUCUCUCACAUCCCGUCGAGGAGGCACUUACCCACGUCUCGCUCGCCUCUCCGACGGUUCCCUCCUUUCCUCCUUUACUCGCUUCGAGGACAACCAGCGCGUCCUGGUAGUCGCCCGCAGCACCGACGGCCACGAAUUCAACGACAUUGGCGAAGUCACCCGAGGCAGUGGCGACACCGACAAUCUAUUCCUGCUAGAAGUCGCCCCCUCCGUCGUGCUGGGAGCUUUCCGCAACCACGACCACGGCCCGGACGGCCGCCCCACGCACUACCGCAUCACCGUCUGCCGCUCGCACGACGGCGGGCACACCUGGCAGUUCGCCUCUCAGGCGGUGGAGAAAUCCGGGGGGGACGGACUCGGCGUCUGGGAGCCGUUUAUGCGCAUCGGCAGCCAGGGCGAGGUGCAACUCACCUACUCACAGGAGCUGGCCCACAACAACCAGUGCACCAUGCUGGUGACCUCGACCGACCAGGGCAGCACCUGGUCCGAGCCGAAGUGUCUUCACGGCAAGGACGAUCACCGUCGCGACGGAAUGAAUGGGAUCGCGCGGACAGACGACCAAGGCCGCGGGCAGCCGGCGCUGGUCAUGGUGUUCGAAACCAACACCAAGGGGCCCAUGCAGAUCGAGGCGCUGAUCUCCUACGACGACGGAUACACCUGGGGCAACCGGCAUGUCGUCUAUUCGCCCCACGAUGGUCACAAGCACAACGCGGGCGCGCCGCAGAUCGCCUCCUUCGCGGACGGGUCGAUGGCCGUGGUCUUCAUGACCGACGAGGAUCACGAUGUGGUGAAGUGGGUCCAAAAUGCGUCGAUCAAGGCCGUGUUCGCCCCGCCGCCAUACAACGGAGUGAUCGAUUGGGACCGCACCUCCACGUCCAUUUGCGCUGAUUCGAGUCACUGGCCCGGUGUCUUUGCGCUGGAUGGACACACACUCUUGGCUACUUACGAGUGCAAAGGACCCAAGGCGAGGGCCAUUUCGUCGCAGUGA